AUGUUAGAUGUCAUAGCGUCCCCGCUGAUAUCGAAAUCGGACUUCGACGCUGCCUGUGAUGAACUCUCGAGGCUUUUUGCUGAGCGCCACAACCUCCAGAGCGAAUGGCUCUCUGUAGAUGUCCAUGAUAGGAAUGAUACGAGGUUUUUAAGGAUUAUGAAGCCGCUUUGUACGCGCGUCGAUGUUGCUCUUGGAGACUCCCAAGAGCAGUCUGACGAGCGUGAGCUUAUGGAGUAUGACGAAGAGGCACUUGAGCCCUCACCUUCCCACCAAGGUGUUGUGGUAGAAUACGACAUCGUCUUCUCACCAAGCUUCCAGGUGCCAGUCCUAUACUUCAACAUCAAAGACCUGCUCUUUCGGUUUCCACCAACAAUGGAUACUCUUUACCGUCAUCUGAUUCCACUGCAAUUUAGAUCUCAAGCUGAGAAAGCGGGUGUUAUUGGAGGGAUUACAUUGACAGACCAUCCUUUGACGAAUGCUCCUGUGUUCUUCGUUCAUCCAUGUCAGACUGUAUCGAUUUUGGGAGCGAGCCGAGGUAAGGAAGAGCUGACACCGAUCGAGUUCCUGAUGCUGUGGAUAAGUGCUAUGGGUGGCUGUGUUGGCCUCCACUUGCCCAUUGCGCUUGCGGAAAAGUGAAGGAAUGGCGGGGCAAGCCUCUUGUAGGUUAUCGUUAGUGCCUACCCGAAGUAUCAAGCCUACGGGAUGCUCACGUGGAAGAGUGAGCAGUAGGCCAAAGAGAAGCUUGUG